GCAGCCAGGCUCUGUCCUUCGUCCUCCACGCUCGCUGCUGCAAUGGUCUUGGUACUCGUUAUUGGCGACCUUCACAUUCCUCACAGGAUCCACGACCUACCUGCGAAGUUCAAGAAACUCCUCGUUCCCGGCAAAAUCCAGCAAAUACUGUGCACUGGCAACGUCUGUGACCGCGAGACCUAUGAGUACCUGAGAACGGUGUCACCAGACGUGCAUGUUGUGAGGGGAGACUAUGACGAGAGUUCGUUCCCUCUGUCCGCGACGGUCGCGCACACUCCAAUCCGGAUUGGCGUGAUCCAUGGGCACCAAAGCAUACCAACAGGAGACCUUGACUCGCUCAACGCCAUUGCGAGGCAGAUGGAUGUUGAUGUGCUUGUGUCUGGGCAUACACACACAUUCCAAGCGGUGGAGUAUGACGGACGCUUCUUCGUCAACCCUGGAUCUGCCACAGGGGCGUGGAUAGGCACCUACAACGGUGACCCCACACCCUCUUUUGCUCUCAUGGAUAUCCAGGGUCCCGUAGUCGUCACAUACGUCUACCAGCUCAUAGAGGGCGAAGUCCGAGUUGAGAAGAUCGAGUACAGGAAGGAGCCCGAACCCGUCCGCGAAGCACCUCGGCCGACCGCGAUGCCUCAAAGCAUUCCCUCUAGCCCGGGCCCCACGCAGAGCGUCUGGUGAUCGGUUUCCAGACGGAGCACCAUUGGUGUGCGCGAUACCCAGUGUAUUGGGCUGUAAUAUUAUCCCGUCGUCGCUCGCCAUAUGCUAUGUUUCUAUAUUUGCUGGACGGUUUUCUCGAAUGCCAUAUGGGUGUAGCACGCCUGCGCUGGGGCAUAGCGGCCUGUUCGCCGCACCGCAAACUGAA